GACUAGCAGCUGAAGCUCAAACCGCCUACUAACAUACUAAGCAGUGUGUGUAAAACAGUUGGUCAGCAUAUGUAGCGCACUAGUUUUACAUACUUUGUAGAGUGGUAGUAUACUUUAUCAGACGUAGCCUGUAGUCAAGGCUUGUAGCAUCCAUAUGACGGUUUAUGUUUAUUCAGGAAUAGAGGAAUUACAGGUAGAAUAACGAGGAAAACACCAGGCGGUGUUGAGUAGAGGAUAAUUAGGGAUUAAGUGGUUGUUUCUGAUCAAAAGCUGUUUUAUAUAAAAUUAUUAUAGCUUCGCUGAGCACUUUUUCCCUGUUGAGGCGAAACCGAGAAGGAAGACGAUCCACUUUUUCUCACUUUCAGUGCUGUUGUCAUUUAAUCUGCCUCUCUACUGUACCUGAUGAUAAGGCCUUUUUUCUGCGUACUCUCUUUCCUGGGUACAGCAUCACCCCUGGCGCUGGCACUUUCUCACCCUUAUACCUAAUACCCACAUCCUGUCACAACGCCCAGUUCUGCCCAGCUGCCUAAGGGAGGGUGACAAGGGGAAGUUAACUAUGCAGAGAGGAUGGUGAACAUAAUGGCUGAGGAGUGACCCAAACAAUCACCUCCAUCACCACCAACUUCUCCAUCCCAGGGCCAUGUCUCUGACAACUGUCAAACCUAAUUUCUUCAGUUCAUCCUUAGAGUAUACCCCAGUCUCCGUUCGUACAUUUGUUCCUACUCUUUCCAACCCUGUCAUCAUCAGUUCAGUGGAGAGCAAGACAGUGCAGGACAAUGCAACCUAUAGAGCUACAUUCUCCACCAUUACUGUACCAUCCAAUGAGACGGGCUUCAACUCUACACAGCUCCCUAUUGCAUCGGUGGAUGGUGCUGGCAUGGGCAUGGUCCUCAUGCCCUUUGGCAUAAUCAGUAUUGUCGGGCUGGCUGUUGUUGUGAUGCUGUACAUAAGGAAAAAGAAAAGAUUGGAGAAGUUAAGGCACCAGCUGAUGCCCAUGUAUAACUUUGACCCAGCCGAGGAGCAGGACGACCUGGAACAGGAACUUCUGGACCACGGCCGAGAUGGCAGCCCGGCAGGACCAAAUUCCAAAACUUUGACAGCGGGUCAGGCUGGCGCUCAGGUAGCAAGUCGACUGGUCUUUACGGACGUUGCCGAUGCUAUGAAUGUAUGAUGUCACUCCUGCGACAUAAAUAAAGAUUUCAGAAAACCUCCAAGGACAUCAUGGAGACAACAGAAAUGUUCCAGCUCCAUAUUUUUACACUUGGCUGGAAUCAAAUUUAGCAAUUGUUUGUAGAUUAUAAAGGAAGUUCCAAACUAUGUCUAGGAGUCUGGUAAGGUUAAGUUACAUAUGCUGUAUUAAAAGGAAAUGGCAUUUUUGUACACUUUUUAGGAAAUCCUAUUGAAUUUCUUUCCAUUGGCCUUUUUUAAGUGGAUUGUUUCAGACCAUGUUUAACACUAUAUCCAGUUAUUACAGAUACAUAAAAUGUAUGUUUACAUAUGUGCUUUUUGAGGUGUUCAUUACAGAAGUUUCCUAGUAGUUGCUUUUAAUUUUUGUUCAGAAAUACAGUAGUAUUUGCAUGCACAUUUAGAAUCCACAUGUACACAAUCACUACAGCACACAAUUCAAAUGCUCCAGUUAUAUAUAAAUUCAGUUUAGCUUGAUGUAAAGUCUAUGGUAAUGUUAUUAUGUCUAACAAUGGACAUGGUAACGAAGCAGCAGUACAUGGUUCCGUCAGGACUUUCAAAGACAUUAUUGCAAACUUGUAUUGCUAUUCAGUGGAGCAUACAAUUUUUCAAAAUUCCAGCAGAUUUUCUGUAGAUUCAGGCCAAGAUGUGUUGUAUGAUGUCAUCACAAGACACAUUCAUUCAAAAUCUCUUUGGUUCUCAUGCAUCCAGGAUGAGCCAUGAGUCUUUACUGGUAGUAGUUUAAAAGAAGAAUCCUGUGCCUUCACUUUCACCAAUUCAAGAAAAAAAUGGCUGCAGUUCUUGCUAUUACUGAAGAAAACAUUUGCGUGAUGUUGGGUAGUGGGAUUCUAAAUAUUUGUUUGUCUUCAAAUGCACAAGCUGUAUGUUUGAAAGGAUGGUAUAUGAAAUGAUAUUUUCAAUCAUUUUAAUGGAAUAAGCACAGUGCAGUUUUUAUGGUUAUACCAGCAGUUGUUAGAAGUACAGGUGAUGUGUAAGGUUUGAUGAUUAACCAUGAAAUCUUCUCUCCAUAACUGCAAGGCUCAUUUUCAUUACAGUUAAGGGACAUUCUUUCUUCAAGUGUGUAAAAAUAGAGUAAAAGUAGUUGGGAAAUUUGACACACAUUUUCUUUACCGCUACCAUAGCGCAAACCACAGCUUCCCGAACCUUUUACUUCUUAUUUCUCUGCUGUUUGCAUCAUCUUGUUUUUCUCAGGUGCUCUAGACUAUACAAAAAUGUUCUUUUGCCUCAACCAUACCCAGAUCUCAAAUGUACACUUUCGAACUAUAUUUAUAGAAAGAGAGGCAAUUCCUAUUAUAUACAAGCUCUCAAUUAUAACAAAGGGAGAAAGGUUAUUUAACCUGAAAGGAAGCAUCACUGAGAUCUGAAGUUUUCUACAGAAAAAAAAAACAUCUUCAGAUCUGCGUCAGUGCUACAGACACAGACCAAAAUGAUUUUCAAAGUAACCGUAACAUCAGUUCAUGGCCAUGUUUAAACCAGGGUGAAUUAAAAAAAAUAAACAAAAUCAAACAAUCAAAGAUCCAAUAAGAAUAACAUGAUAACUAAAAUAAUUAAUCCCAUCUAUGUAGUUACAUAUAUAUAUAUAGUAUAGGCAAUGUUUGUUUUCAGAAGGAGUUUAAAAUGAAUGGAAAUUAUGGGGCAUUAUUUUCAUGUUUCUAGUACAUUCUUGUGCACUUGCCCUGAAAUGUGCUUCCUUCCUUCUCUUACUCCAGAGUGUGGGUGCUGUGUUUGCUUUCUUGCACAACAAGGGGUGUAAUAGUUCGUUUCGAACAUUUUUUAGAAAAUUCUCUCGAGGGAAAGAGAAAAGUCAUUUACAGUAUAUGUUAUGUACGUCUGUAUUAGUACUGUAUGUGUGUGUGCGCGCGUGUGUGUGUGUACAUGAGCUAUUAUGGACUGUUUGACUAAUUGUCUGUAGCAGUGUUCUACACUCUUCAAAACCAGCAGAAUUACAAAAAGUUUGUAAUGUGUGUGACCUGUGAUUAACAUGACUAUAAAUAAAAGCAAAUAAAUGCAUGUGGACUGUUUUAAUUCAACUUAUUGAAAUGUUUUAUAAAAUCACAACUCCAUUUAGGGAUAUUCCUAUUUCAUUUUUCAUUCAUUCAUUUUUUUUUCAUGACAAAGUCACAAUACAGCACAGUAUAAUUCAUUCAUUUGUUUCAAGGCUCCUUUGUUCACUACUUUAGCAAUGAGGACUCUCAAGAUGCUUUAAACCGAGGUAAAUUAAUAGACGUCGCCGUUUAGAAGAGUUCCUGAGGCAUUGCAUUUUAAUUGUUUUGUGUGUAUGAGAAACAUCAAUUGACUCAAUUGCAGAUGAACACAUACAGCAUUAUGCACUUAUCCUCUUAACUGAGGUUCACAAUAAUACAACAGCUUAAGAUAUCUUUCUGAUGCAUGGAUAGUAGAAGCUAUAUACUGUAAUUAAUGAGGUGAUGCAUAAAACUGAGGUAAAGUAUAAAGUCUUCAGUUCUUAUUGACCUAAUUUUUUAUCCAUCCAUCUAUUGUCUGUAGCACUUAUAUUACACAGGGUCACAGGGAACCUGGAGACCAUCCUAGGGGACUCUGGCCACAAGGCAGAAGACACUUGUGGCAAAAAAAAAAAAAAAAAGCAUGGGCAAAUUUGUGAUGCCAAUCAGCCUACAACACAUAUCUUUUAGACUGGGAUAAGAAACCAGAAUACCCAGAGGGAACCCCUGAAGCACAAGGAGAACAUACAAACUCCACUUACACACACAUGGCAAUUGUAGUAAUCAUACAGACAACCUUAGAGGGGAAAGGCAAAUGUGCUUCAAGGAAAUCUGGCAAUUUCUUAUUUCUUAUAAAAUUAUUAUUAUUAUGUAUAAUCAGGUGAGGCUCUGGAUCUGUUGCAUUUCUGAUCAAGACAAAGCAAUUACAGAAGAUGAACUAAUGUAACAACAUGGAAGAUUCAAGACAGAAAUAAAACAAUAUACAUAUUGUAAAUAAACCAUCCAAAUACAAAAACGGGGGGCACGGUGG